GUUGAGCUGCACGGCGUGUGUGAAAGCGUUUUAGUGGGUCAACGACUCAACGUGGACAGCUGUCACCGCAAACCGUGUGGGCAAACAAGCAAAUUAUCAGCCACACAACAAUAACCCCAUCGCGUGCUCGUUUCUCAAGCCCAUAAUUCGCUUCGUCGCCCCAUUGCACCCACUUCGGUACUCGCGUGCAGAUCAGUCAAGCGCGAAUCUCGUUUGUCCGCACCCCACAAACGCGUUCAUCGCGUCUGGCACACGACAUCUACACGUCCAAUCGCGGAACGCCCAAUAUGGAAUUCAUACAAGACUACGCAGCUCUCCUCCCGCGCCUCCUCCCACCCUCCUUCGCAAACCCACUCCUCCACCUCCUCACAACCUUCUUCGGCAUCUCGCGCACGCUGUCAACGCACCUCUCACCCCUCCUCAACAAACUCAUCACCCAACCCGAUGUCGCCUCCAUCCUCGCGCUGCUCGCCAUAUUCUUCAUCUCGCUCAAGAUACUGGACAUGAUGUACCGGGCCGUCAUCUUCUGGGUGAAUCUGGCUUUGCGAUUGGUGUUCUGGGGCGGGAUACUCGUUGUGGGUUUUUGGGUGUAUAAUAGAGGGCCUGAGGGCUUUAUCGAGGAUGUCCAGGGCUUGGGCGAGUACUGGCUGGGUCAGUAUGAGAUGUAUAGCCAGGAGGUUAAGGGGUUUCAGCAGCAGAAAGAGGAUCAGAUCAGGAUGAAGGCUAGUGCGCAGCAGCAGCAGAAGAGGAAGGGGUGGCGGUAAAGACGUUGCGGAAGGAUCUGGGAAGGGUGGACGUUGGAUAUUUGUCAAUACAAUAGCUGCGGUUCUGGUACGACGGGUGCGAGACUGGACUUCUGCACAUAUUGUUAUGGCGCUUUGGGAUCGUGAAAAGCAUGGGACUGGCUUUGUAUACACUGUCGGAGUAUCUGGGACGACUACAACUUGUACAUGUUUGAGCUUCACGAAUAAUGGUAUCCAUGACAAUACUCUAGGCCUUUCGAUUCAAGUAUCACGGUGCUAACGCCUUUGAAUCGAUGUCUCAACGUCGACAAGAUGACAUCCAGCUGUUUGCUCUUGGAGAAGAGUCGCCUCUCAUUCCAGAGACCAAGCGCAAGCACUGGAUGAUUCUGAAUCUUUCUCGUAGCGGGAGGAU